GGCGGGGUAAUGCCCUCGGUGAUGGAGAAGCCCAGUGCGGGCUCCGGGAUCCUGUCCCGAAGUCGGGCCAAGACGGCACCCAACGGCGGACAGCCGCACUCGGAGGAUGACAGCAGCGAGGAGGAGCACUCGCACGACAGCAUGAUCCGUGUUGGAACCAAUUACCAAGCAGUAAUUCCGGAGUGCAAGCCUGAGAGCCCAGCGCGCUAUAGCAACAAGGAGCUGAAGGGGAUGUUGGUGUGGUCACCCAACCACUGUGUAUCGGAUGCCAAACUUGACAAGUACAUUGCCAUGGCCAAGGAGAAGCAUGGCUACAACAUUGAGCAGGCACUUGGCAUGCUUCUGUGGCACAAGCACGAUGUGGAGAAGUCCCUGGCUGACCUGGCCAACUUCACCCCCUUCCCCGACGAGUGGACAGUGGAGGACAAGGUGCUCUUCGAACAGGCCUUUGGGUUCCAUGGCAAGUGCUUCCAGCGGAUCCAGCAGAUGCUCCCCGACAAGCUGAUCCCCAGCCUGGUGAAGUAUUACUACUCUUGGAAGAAGACCCGAAGUCGAACUAGUGUGAUGGACAGGCAGGCCAGGCGGCUGGGUGGCCGCAAGGACAAAGAAGACAGUGAUGAGCUUGAAGAGGGGCGAGGAGCUGUGAGUGAGGGGGAGCCAGACACUGGAGACCCCAAGCGAGAGCCUCUGCCAUCUCGACCUCUGAAUGCACGGCCCGGUCCUGGGAAGAAGGAGGUUCAGGUGUCUCAGUACCGCCACCACCCACUUCGAACUCGGAGACGUCCGCCCAAGGGCAUGUACCUGAGUCCUGAAGGCCUCACUGCAGUAUCAGGAAGUCCAGACCUUGCUAACCUCACACUCCGAGGUCUCGACUCACAGCUCAUCUCCCUUAAGCGCCAGGUUCAGAGCAUGAAGCAGACCAACAGCAGCCUCCGACAGGCACUGGAGGGUGGCAUCGACCCUCUCCGCCCCCCUGAGGCCAAUACCAAGUUCAAUUCCCGCUGGACCACAGAUGAGCAACUUCUGGCUGUACAAGCUAUUCGUAGAUACGGUAAAGACUUUGGGGCUAUUGCGGAGGUGAUUGGGAACAAGACUCUGACCCAAGUGAAGACCUUCUUUGUGAGCUACCGGCGCCGCUUCAACCUGGAGGAGGUGCUGCAGGAAUGGGAGGCUGAGCAGGAUGGGGCCCCUGCAGCCCCAGUCCCCAUGGAAGAGGCCAGGCGAGGGGCUCCUGUGCCAGCCCCAGCCCCAGCCCCAGCCCCAGCCCCGGAAGAAGAUGAUGAGGUCCAGAUUACAUCUGUCUCAACAUCAGCACCCCGAUCAGUACCCCCUGCACCGCCCCCGCCUCCGCCACCUACCUCGCUCUCCCAGCCACCUCCACUGCUGAGGCCACCUCUGCCCACAGCUCCCACAUUGCUCCGCCAGCCACCUCCCCUGCAACAGGGCCGCUUCCUGCAGCCCCGGCUGGCCCCCAACCAGCCCCCACCACCCCUCAUCCGCCCUGCCCUGGCUGCCUCUCGCCACAGUGCCCGCCCUGGUCCUCAGCCUCCACCUACCCUGAUUGGAGCCCCCUUGGAGCCCCCUGCACCCUCAAUUUGAGCCCUGGAUCCUUCACUGCCCAGAGGCUCCUGAGCCCCUUGGCUGGAUAUCUCUAGCAUCACUAAGGACAGAAGGGACUAGGGCUUUUGCCAGGUCUUUCAGAGACCCAGAGCUGCCAGUUGGCACAGCUUGGACCUGUGGGUUCUGCAUGCGUUCCUGGCAGCUGAGCUUGUCAACCCCCAGCCAGGGGCUAGAGCUCAGGGCCUGCAGGGACUCUGCUGCCUGGCUGUGACUGGAAUGGCUGCCUCCUUGCCUGCCUGCCUGCCUGCCGAGGGCCUGGCCUCUGGGCCUACCCUUUGUGUGGGGGUGGUGACUUUAGCAUGGGGUGGGGGCAGAGGACAGUUGGGGUGUUAGCUGGCCUCACUCCCCUUUCCCUCCUUUUAGCAAUAAGUCAGGUGCAGUGGGGAGGGGGCUGGGGUGGGGAUGGCAGAGACCCGGUAGGGAGAAUGUUGAGCAGCUGUGAGGGGCCCACUUUGUCCACCCCCAAGCUUGGAGAAAGGAGGGUUGGGGACUUAACACAGACAUGGGUUUAUUUUUCAACAUUUUUAAAAAAGAAAUAAAUGCAACCUCUUAAUGUA